ACGCAUUUUUCAGAUUCAACAAGGGUAGGGCGCAGGGCGGCUGGCCCCCGCAACAAGACAGAGACACAAGUCAGCUACUUCCCUAGCUGAAUCGAUCAGCUAACGUGUUAUCAAUUGAUGUCUUCGUAGGAGAUUUAAGAUUUUGCUGAGCAUUUAGUUGGUUUGAUCCGCCGUUUGUCGUCCAAAAACUACAACCCGACAAAAUGACAGACCCUUCGGUGGCCGACACUCGCCGGUUGAAUUCCAAGCCCCAGGACCUGACGGAUGCUUACGGCCCCCCCAGCAAUUUUCUGGAAAUAGACGUUUAUGAUCCACAAGUCGUCGGAGUUGGACGUAACCGUUACACAAAUUACGAAGUUCGCAUGCGGACAAACCUCCCCAUUUUCAAACUGAAGGAUUCCACUGUUAGAAGAAGAUACAGUGACUUUGAGUGGUUAAAGAACGAGCUGGAAAGAGACAGUAAGAUUGUAGUACCAUCUCUGCCGGGCAAAGCCCUGAAGAGACAGUUGCCAUUCCGCGCAGAUGAGGGCCUUUUUGACGAGGUCUUCAUUGAGGAGCGGCGAUCGGGCCUAGAGCAGUUCAUCAACAGAAUUGCAGGUCACCCCUUGGCCCAGAAUGAGCGCUGUCUGCACAUGUUUCUGCAAGAUGAAAGCAUUGACCGCAACUACAUUCCUGGAAAAGUAUGAAUAAAACAAUACAGACUGCUGCACCUGCCCCAUGUACAUUAAUUACGACAGCACGUCAUUAUAAAGCUGGUGGAAAUGUCAGAACUGAUAAGUAUCAACGGUGUAGGAAAAACACAACUAUCGCUCCAGGACAAAACUAAGAGAUCCAAUGUAUAAAUCAUUUGAUGUUGUGUCUUUAUUAAGCCAUUCCACAUACAGUAUGUACAUUAUGUUUUGAUUCAGUACCAGUGAAUAAGAAAACAUGUUCCAUAUGUCCUUUUGUCAUAGCUAGAUUCUUUUUUUUUUUACAAUUGAUUAUUAUGUUCUCUGAGUGUCUUUUACAUUUAUUUGAUCAAGUUUAAAAUUAGGGUAAUUUCCUGCUUUGAUUAAUGUCUUCUUUUGCUAGCGGUGAUGUGAUUUUGAUGAUAACUUCCCAAAGUCCAGCCACAUGUAGCAUCACGAAAGACAUUUAUGUUUCAUUCCAGUCAAUACAAAUGUUCGGAAAAUGCUUUUAGACAGGAUUGUUUCAUGAUUUAUUGUUUUAACUCCGCUGUCUUAGUUACAUCAUCAUGCCUACACUUCGGCUGUGUGUUGUCGAAUCAGCUAUUUGGAAUGUUAAGUUAGGUAAAUAACCAUAUCUAAGCACUGUGACAAGAGGUUCAUUAUAUGAACAAUAAUUCAUGUUUAAAGGCGUAAUCAGCAUCUGGUUUAUUGAUCUCAAAUAUGGCUUAUUCUGUGCUUAUUUUCAGCUGGUUUAUUCUUUCUAUCAAUCUUAUUGUGAGGUGUAUUAAUGCAUUUUAUCAUUACAGUUUCACUAUGGGUUACGAGGAACUCCCUUGUUAAUUCUGUCCACCGAUUAAAUUUCCUGCUGCCUGCUGGU